AUGAGUGAGUAUCAUAACAUAACCAGCGUAUUCGAUGAUUCUGAUGGACUUGAUAUGGAAAGCUCAGCACCAGAAGCAUCAAGCAAUUCUUCAAACAGAGACUCGUGGGAUGUUAUUGCAGAGCAGUUAGAAGAGGGGAACAAAUUGAUCGAAAAUAUGAUUAUCCAAUUGCAAAAGAGUCGAAAAUCUUUAACAACUGACUAA